UUCUCCCUGAUGUCUUUACUCCUAGACCCGGACCCAGAUUGGACCCCUGACUACUACGAGAAUAGCUACGAGGAAUACAACCAGGAAGAGAACAGCAGUAAUGCUCCUGCCUACCAGGAGAAUCCUGACUGGUACUACAUGGAGGAUGAUCCAUGCCUGUCAAACCCCUGUGAACAUGGCGGGGACUGCCUUGUCAGUGGCGACACCUUCACGUGCAGCUGUCCGGCCCCUUUCUCUGGAAACAGGUGUCAGAAUGUGCAAAACAAGUGCAAGAACAACCCAUGUGAACGGGGCGAAUGUCUCAUUACCCAGAGUCCUCCCUAUUACCGCUGCGCCUGUAAACACCCUUACAGGGGACCCGACUGUUCCACAGCGGCUCCUGCGUGCAGGCCAAAUCCCUGCCAAAAUGGUGGCACCUGCUCCCGGCAUAGGCGGAGAACCAAGUUCACCUGUACCUGCCAUGACCAGUUCAAGGGGAGAUUCUGUGAAAUAGGUCCUGAUGACUGCUACGUUGGUGAUGGCUACUCCUACCGAGGGAAAGUGAGUAAGACAGUCAACCAACACUCAUGCCUUUACUGGAACUCCCACCUCCUCUUGCAGGAGAAUUACAACAUGUUUAUGGAAGAUGCUGAGACCCAUGGGAUUGGGGAGCACAACUUCUGCAGAAACCCAGAUGGAGAUAAAAAGCCAUGGUGUUUCUUCAAAGUCAACAGUGCAAAGGUGAAAUGGGAGUACUGUGAUAUCUCAGUUUGCUCAGCCCUAGACAUUGCUGACCCAGAAGGAAGCCCCACAGAGCCUCUGACCAAGCUUCCAGGGUUUGACUCAUGCGGGAGGACUGAGAUGACGGAGAAGAAGAUCAAGAGGAUCUAUGGAGGCUUUAAGAGCACGGCGGGCAAGCACCCAUGGCAGGCAUCCCUGCAGACCUCAUUGCCACUGGCCACCUCCAUGCCCCAAGGCCACUUCUGUGGGGGAGCGCUGAUCCACCCCUGCUGGGUGCUUACUGCUGCCCACUGUGCCGACAUAAAGACCAAACAUCUGAAAGUGGUGUUAGGGGACCAAGACCUGAAGAAGACAGAAUUCCAUGAGCAGAGAUUUGGGGUGGAGAAGAUCUUCAAGUACACUCACUAUAAUGAAAGAGAAGAGAUUCCCCACAAUGACAUUGCUUUGCUCAAGCUAAAGCCAGAGGAUGGUCACUGUGCUUUGGAAUCCAAAUACGUGAAGACUGUAUGUUUGCCGGAUAACAUUUUCCCCUCUGGGACUGAGUGUCACAUCUCUGGCUGGGGUGUGACAGAAACUGGGGAAGGUUCCCGCCAUCUCCUGGAUGCCAAGGUCAAACUGAUUGCCAACACCUUGUGCAACUCCCACCGACUCUAUGACCACACGAUCGACGACAGCAUGAUUUGUGCAGGAAACCUGCAGAAGCCUGGGAAAGAUUCCUGCCAGGGUGACUCUGGAGGCCCUCUGACCUGUGAGAAGAACGGCACCUACUACGUCUAUGGGAUAGUGAGCUGGGGCCUGGAAUGUGGGAAGAAGCCAGGAGUCUACACCCAAGUUACCAAAUUCCUGAGUUGGAUCAGAGCUACCAUCCAAAAAGAAGGUAGCUUCUAAGGUGUCUUCUGAACCUG